AUGUCGCCGUCCCGGGUGGAAGCCCCCUUAUCGUACGAGUACCCGAAGGAGACCCAGGAGCAAUUAGAAUAUGCAGAGCUAGAAGCGCUCGACAUCUCUAAGCUCGACCAGCCAGGGGGAAAACAGGAGCUCGCAGAGCAAGUCUUGAGGUUCAUCAAUAAAAAUGGCUUCUUCUACGUCACCGGCCACGGUUUCUCCGACGAAUCCGUAAGGCGUCAAUACGCGCUAUGCGAAGCAUUCUUCCAGCUGCCCCUCGAAGAAAAGCUCAAGUACUCCUGCGACACCGCCAAGGGUGAUUUCAGGGGCUACAAGCCGCAGUCCACAGGCAAGCUCGCGGGACGGGACAACGACGAGCGAUACAACAUCCCGAAAUUCACACCUGAGCACGAGCGCCCGCACCCGCAGCUGAUCAAAGACCACUGGGACGAGAUCCGCGACUUCUCGCUGAAGAUCCACAACGAUGUCUUGCUGCCACUAUUACGCCUCUUCGCCUACGUGCUCGAAAUCGACGAAGAGUACCUAACCUCGCGCCACCGCUAUGACGCAGAAGGGCUGGAGUACCUGCGGUACAUGAAGUACUACCCACGCGCAGCCGAGCAAGACGCGCAAGUGGGGAAUAUCUGGGCGAAGGGGCACACGGACUACAACACGCUAACCUUCCUCUUCCACCAGCCGAUCGCCGGGCUGCAGGUGCAGACGCCGGAGGGGCGGUGGCAGUACGUCAGGUCGCCGCGGGACGCGAUCAUCGUGAACAUCGCGGACGCGCUGGAGUUUCUGAGCGGUGGGUACUUGAAGAGUACUGUGCACCGCGUGAUACGGCCGCCGGAGGACCAGACGGACAGGCCGAGGUUGAGCUUGAUUUACUUCGCGAGGCCGGAGGCUAAGAUUCUGUUGAAACCUGUGGAGAGCCCGUUGUUAAGACAGCUUGGGCUGCAGGUGGAGACGGAGCUGUUUGCGCGUGAUGUUACUGCGGAAGAAUGGGCGAGGGCGCGAAUCGCGAAGGAUCAUAGGUUCCGUACGGGAUUGGUUGACCAGCGGGAGAAGGAGAUUAUCGCGGGUGUUAAUCAGAAGUAUUAUGAUUAG